AUGGACUAUAGCAAGUUGAAUGAUCCCACUAGGAAGGACCAUUAUUCUGUGUCGUUCAUCGAUCAGAUGUUGGACAGAUUGGCAGGACAAGAGUAUUACUGCUUCUUGGAUGGCUACUCAGGCUACAAUAAGAUAGUCAUUGCACCAGAAGAUCAGGAAAAGACAACUUUCACUUGUCUGUAUGGUACCUAUGAGUUCAAACGGUACAUGGACGACUUCUCGAUGUUUGGUGAGUCUUUUGACCUUUGCUUUACUAAUAUUGACAGGGUUCUUGCAAGGUGUGAAGAGAUGAAUCUGGUGUUGAAUUGGGAAAAGUGA